AUGUCGUCGGAUAGGAUACACCGUGCCGCCAAAGAUGGACUGUUGGAUGUGCUCCGUGAAGCGACCCGUUCGGAGGCAAAUGCUAAGGAUGUGGACGGCAUGACUCCUGUUCUGUGGGCUGCAUUUCAAGGACAUUUCGAUGCGCUGAAGCUGUUGGUGGUCCGUGGUGGAGACCCUGACAAGUCCGAUCAGUUUGGAAAUACUGCGCUGCACUUGGCAUCGGCAAAAGGACAUAUGCAGUGUGUCGAUUUCUUGGUACAAUUCGGCGUAAACAUUUACGCACUCGAUAUCGAUCACCACAGUGCGCAGGACCUGGCGGCCAUUAACAAUCGCGAUAAGAUAUUGCGCUACCUUGACGCUGCUGCAGCAACUUUAGAAUCAAAUGAUAGGAAAAAGGCGCAUGAAUUUCGCGAACAGGCAAAGAAGAAGAGCGAAAAGCGGGCUCGCGAAUUUACGACCCGCCAGCAGAAGCUCGAGCGAGAUCAGGACACGAGCUUACGGGUUCGUCCACACAGGCCAUCCAAUAUGCUGCAGGCGCUGAAGCACAAACUGUGGUCCGGAAGCCAGGGAAACCUAGCGCAGGGACAACCAAGAAUAGUCCACGACGCAUCGCAGGCAGCACCUUCCACCACCAAAUUCAGUGCCUUAGUUGGUGGGACGCAGCGUGGUUCCGGGGCCGUUAAAAAGCGCGCAGAUGCGAUGAAAAUACGGCAGCAGAUGGAAAACGGAGAUUUCAAAAUUGGCGAAAUGGAAUCAAACGGCAAACGGAGUGUUCGUUCGAUACAGGGUCUCAGACGUGACUCGGAGAUACUAUACGUCGGAACAUACAGUUCUAAUGAUGAAUCAAACGCGUCCGAACGACGUGGUAAGCUGCAGGAUGUAUUCGACGUAGAUCCUACUAACGGGCGGGAUAAUGACGACGCGGACGAGGACAGCAAUAGCGGGGCGAGUGGCAAAUUCGGUACCAUCUCGCGUUCGCUUAGUCAGCCCGAUUUUCUUGCAACUGCAUUUACCGCCGAUGAGGUAACGGAGGACGUACUCCUGCAACGACCUUCCGGACUGUUCAAUCGACCAUCCUUCGGCAAUCUAGCCUUUCCUCGAUCUGUGUCCAACGUGCUGGCACAGCUUAGCAACGAGCAUUCAUCCACGAGUGUUUCCUCCGAUGGUUCGACGAAGGCAAAAGCUACAGCGAUCAAACCAAGAUCGCAGCUUGUCAUCUCUGACUCCGAUUCGGAUAUGGACAGUUCGGAAAAUGAUGAAAAUGAUUCGAAUGCUAUUUUACGGUUCCUAUCAGCGUUCAAGUUGGAGGAUUACUACCCUAUUUUCCAGAAAAAUGAGAUCGACAUGGAAACGCUCAUGAUGCUGACCGAAAACGAUGUCAAGUCAUUGGGUCUCCCACUCGGUCCGUAUCGCCGGCUUUGUAAUGCAAUCCAGGAACGCAGGGAAGUAAUGACCACCCCUGGUUUCAUUAGCGACAGUCGUCUGUAA